AUGGGUUUGGGCUUGAAAAUUGAUAGAGCACAAGAAAAUAAAGAGUUGGUUUGGACCAAUGUCCCCGCGAGCCAGCUCAAGCUUAAGAAUCUAAAGGUUGCAAUCGUUGGAGGUACCUCAGGAAUAGGUCAGAGCUUAGCUCGACUAUUCCAGAGCAGAGAGGCCGAAGUUGUUGUUGUGGGUCGAACUUUCAGAGAUCACGAUUUGGCGAAUAUUCAAUUUAUCAAAGCAGACUUGGAAUUGAUGUCUGAAGCUAAACGUGUGGCGAAGAAGCUUGCACAAUAUUCCUUGGACGUCGUAAUAUUCACGGCUGGUAUACUGGCAGCUCCAACGCGCGAGGAGACCGUUGAAGGUUUAGAACGCGACGUUGCUGUAAGCUAUCUCAGCAGACUGGUGAUCAUCCGCAAUCUUUUACCUGCGCUAGAAAAAGCAAAUUCAAAAUUUCUUACAAGACCUAGAGUCUUUAUAUUUGGGUUUCCUUGCCAGGGUGAAAUGGGGACACCCGACGACCUCAACUCCACUGGGAAAUACAAUGGAAUGAAAACUCACAUGUCCACCGUGGCAGGUAACGAGACUCUUGUGUUUGACACAGCGAGACGAUAUCCUGGCGUUGGCGUGUAUGGCCUCAACCCAGGCCUGAUAAAGACAACUAUCCGCGACAAUUUCUUAGGUGCUGGCAGCUUUAAAUCCUGGGUUAUCGAGGGCAUCAUUGGCUUUUUGUUCCAAAGUUCAGAAAACUAUGCUAGCAAGAUUGCUCCAAUGAUGGUUGCUACAGAGUUGGAUAAUCAAAGUCCCGCUUUUUUCGAUAGCAAUGGUACUGCUGUCCUGUCCAAGGGUUUUACAAACUCUUAUAUUGAGAAAUACAUAAGCAAGUCAGAAGAGCUGUUGAAUGAAUGUGCUAUACCUUUGUAA